AUGGCUCUGAGCUCUCGGGCGCACGCCUUCUCUGUGGAAGCCUUGGUGGGGAGACCCAGCAAAAGAAAACUGCACGACUCAAGAGAGGAGGCGCAGCCUGAGCUGCAGGAGAAAGAGGGAGAAGAGGAAGAGGAGGAGAGAAGAAGCUGCGCUGAAAGGAAGAGCGAACAGCCCACAGAAAAGCAACCAAAGACAGAGCCCUCAACAACUGCUUUCUGGGGCUGCAGCGGCAGCGGCGGUGGCGGUGGCGGCGGCGGCGGCACCCGCGCCAGCGGCGGCACCAGCGGCGGCGGCGGCGACUGCAACAGCAGCAGCAGCGAAAAUCUGGAAGAGAAAGAGGUUAUUCAAGCAGAACUUCAAGGAUCCGAGCUGUGGAAGAGAUUCCAUGACAUCGGGACUGAGAUGAUCAUUACCAAGGCGGGCAGGCGGAUGUUUCCCUCUGUUCGGGUCAAGGUGAAAGGGUUGGACCCAGGGAAGCAGUACUGUGUGGCCAUCGACGUGGUGCCAGUGGAUUCCAAACGCUAUAGGUACGUGUAUCACAGCUCGCAGUGGAUGGUAGCCGGGAAUACAGACCACUCGUGCAUCGCUCCCAGAUUCUAUGUCCACCCGGACUCGCCCUGCUCGGGAGAGACCUGGAUGCGGCAGAUCAUCAGCUUUGAUCGUGUGAAACUCACCAACAAUGAGAUGGACGACAAAGGCCACAUCAUUCUGCAGUCCAUGCAUAAGUACAAACCCCGGGUGCAUGUGAUAGAGCAAGACAGCACGGUUGACCUGUCCCGGAUUCAGUCCUUGCCCACUGAAGGAGUUAAAAGUUUCUCCUUUAAAGAAACUGAAUUCACCACGGUAACAGCUUACCAAAACCAGCAGAUUACCAAACUGAAAAUAGACAGAAAUCCUUUUGCUAAAGGAUUUAGAGAUCCUGGAAGAAACAGGGGUGUAUUGGAUGGUCUUUUAGAGACAUACCCAUGGAGGCCUUCUCUCACUCUGGAUUUUAAAACCUUUGGUGCAGACACACAAAGUGGAAGCAGUGGUUCAUCUCCAGUGACCUCUAGUGGAGGGGCUCCCUCUCCUUUGAACUCCUUACUUUCUCCACCUUGCUCUCCACCUACGUUUCACUUAUCUACAAGCUCCCUUGGAAUACCCUGUCCGGAGGCAUACCUGCACAAUAUCAGCUUGCCUCUUUGCUACAAGAUUUGUCCAACUAAUUUUUGGCGACAGCAACCUCUUGUUUUACCUGCUCCUGAAAGGUUAGCAAGCAUCAACACUUCUCAGUCUUUGGCCCCUCUCAUGAUGGAAGUGCCCACGCUAUCUUCCCUGGGGGUAACUAAUUCAAAAUGUGGUUCAUCUGAAGACUUCAAUGAGCAGCCUGCCAAUCAAAUUUUAUAUGGAUUACGGACACCUGGAAAUAUUUUGCCACCAAACCCUAUUGACCGGGAAGCACUUGGUUGUUCCUUCCAUCCUUCCUACGGCUUUUAUAGGUACAGCUUCUCUAGGCCAUCUAGACUGGUAAAUACUGCCAACCAUCUCAAAGUGAAUGACAACAGUCAAGUUUCUUUUAAAGAAGGCAAAUGUAAUCAUACUCAUUGGUAUCCAACAAUUAAUCAUUGCCUUUAAUGAAACAAUCACAUUCCUAAAACAAUUACAUGUAAGCACAUAUUUUCUUUAUUUGUAGACAAAGAAAUGUCAACAGAUAUUGGGCUUAAAAAGCAUCAUUACCAGAUAGCAUUGCUCUGUUAUGCAUCUAAGUGCCUUAUCAAAUGUUCAUGAGGAGUUGUUUGCAAUGUCAAAUGUGACCUGUAAGCAUCUCUGAUUACAGUGGCCUUGGACCUCGAAAUAAGAUACUCAGUAAAUAUUAUUUGAUGAGAUAGCCCACCAGUGAAAAUUGAUGCCAAGUGAUGAGGUUUCCAAUUAUAGUGAAGUCAGCUUACCAUGCCAACUGUGUUUUAUAUAUUGACAAUAUCCAGAAGAAGAUGGAUAUAAUUCCUGUGAAAGCAGUGAAGCAAUUUCAGUUUGAUCUAGGAAGACUGGCUUCAUUGUAAUUACCUAUCUAGUGAUUGUAGAAGAAAAUUUAAUUGCUCAUUUGCCUUAUACCUUUAUACUCUGUUGUUGAAGGAACUUCUAAUCUCAAUUUUAAGGUGCAAAGAAGUACAUAAACUUCCAAGUAUUAUUUGUAUUAUUC